AUUCAGAAAAUGGUGGAUGGAGCUCGGCGCAUGCGUAAACAUUUUACUACACUCAGACAGAAAGUGAGACAGUAACGAGUGGCGCAUUGUUAAAUGAGUAACGCCUGUAACUCUUGGAUUUCACCGUGUGCUUUUGACUUUAACUGCUCCAAGUCGAGAUGUUUGGCUUUCAUAAGCCGAAGAUGUACCGCAGCCUUGAUGGAUGCUGCAUCUGCAGGGCAAAAUCCUCCAGCUCUCGUUUCACUGACAGCAAGCGCUAUGAGAGAGAUUUUCAGAGCUGCUUUGGUUUAGGCGAGACUCGCUCUGGUGAAAUCUGCAACGCUUGCGUCCUGCUGGUGAAACGCUGGAAGAAGCUUCCCGUCGGUUCCAAAAAGAACUGGAAUCAUGUGGUUGAUGCCAGAGGGGGACCCAGUCUGAAAACUACAGUGAAGUCAAAGAAAGUCAAAUCCCUGUCCAGACGGAUCAGACCGAACCAGCUCAGCAGAGUUCAGAAGGAACUGAAGAGACACAAUUCAGACGCUCACAGCACCACCUCCAGCGCCAGCCCCGCCCAGUCGCCCAGCUACAGUAACCAAUCAGAUGAAGGCUCUGACUCUGAGUUGACUCCUGGCUCCGCCCGCUCUCCAGUCUUUUCCUUCUUGGACCUGACGUACUGGAAAAGGCAGCGGGUAUGUUGCGGGAUCAUCUACAAAGGUCGCUUUGGGGAGGUUCUGAUCGACCCUCAUCUCUACAAACCCUGCUGCCAGAAGAAACAAGAGCAAGAGCAUGAGGAAGAAGAAGAAGAGGAAGAGGAGGAAGAAGAGGAAGACGGCGACCUUGAGAAAGAAGAAGUGCAGAGCAGUCAAGAAAUUCUCUCGUCCAUUCAACCGCACUCCUCUUCCCAAAUAAAAAUGGAGCAGGAAGUGGACGAGGAGUGGUGAUGCCACAUUCCCAGGGUACUGACUUGGCAUUCUUAGGAAGCCUUCGAGAGUCCCCUCAGACGCUCUCAAAGACGUUCUCUCAGAUUGCCUUCGAUUCAAGAGCAGCUGGAUCCUUGUUCGUCUUUUCCUGUUUCUUUCUUCCUUGUUGAGAAUGUGUCCCUUUCAUUUCCUUCGCAGUCAAAUCAACCUACUGAACCGGCGUCCUUGUUUUCUAGAGCCUGGUACCACGCUAUUCAUUUAUAAUGAGAGAAAAUGAGUUUGCUUUUUUGCUAUCCCGCUCAAACACAGAAUGCUGGAUCUACAUACAUCAUGCAUAGAAAUGUAGGGAAUAGACUUGGACAGUGACCACCAUUGUGCCCUUCCUCUGGGGUGACGGUCUCUCUGCACUUAGUAUACAGUAUUUAGUAUACAACAAACAGCAUUUGAUAAAUCCUAGCUCAGCGAAGAUGACGUUCCACCAUUUUGCUGGGAUAUAGCAAUAAUUAGGGAAGAUCUUUGCCUUUUAUAUAUUUAUUUUUUUCUGUCUCUGUCUUUAUUUUUAAGGUCUGCUCUGAUUUUUCCACUCAGUUUGUAUUUAAAGCGACAGGUCACCUAAAAAUGUGUUUUUUUUUGUAUAAAUGACUCACCAUUCACCCACAUUCUGUUCCGAACCUCUUUCAGUUUCUUUCUUCUUUUUGUGGAACACAAAAAGUGAGUUUUUGACAUCUGUCUGUAUCAUUCAAAAUAAUGAAAGCGAAUGGGGACUAAAGCACCCUAAAAGUAUUUUAAAAAUCGAGCUGUGUGCUACAUUCCAAGUCUUUUAUAGCCAUAUGAUAGCGAUAAACUAAAGUUUAUGUCAUAUGGACGGCAUUUAAGAAACAUUUAUGGUGCUUGACUGCAUUUUCCCUUUCACUUUUCCCUUUCACUUUUAAAAUUCACAUUUUUGUGUUUAAUGUAAGAAAAGUGAAGCAGGAUGUUGUGAAGGUGAGUAAAUGAUGACAGAUUUUUCAUUUUAAGGUGAACUGUCACUUUAAACUCUGGUUUCAUUGGAGGUUGUCUGUAUUUAGCCUCUAAUAGGCAACAAACUCAACUCGACUCAUAGUGUUUUACCGCAAACAUUUUCCCAGACAGCAUUUCUCUGGUGCUGAGGUAAACUGGGCAUGGCCAACCAAAAAUAAUGCCUGGCUAUCAACACUCUUGUAUUCAAUAUUAAGUGUACUAAUGUAAAUAUCCAAAAGUGUAGAUUUGACGUUUUUGGAAAAGAGCAUGAACGCUAAGAAAGCUAUUGAUGAAAAUCUGCAUGAAUUUUGCAUGGCCUUUUAAGAUUUUUAUUUUCUUAUUUUGUUUUGCAACCAUGUUGCAACCUAAUUUAAUAAUAAUUUGGGCACAUUUUGAGACAGUCCCAAUAUAUUUUUGUAGAUAAAUUCAAGAAAAGAACAAAAAUGAAUCAGACUUUGACUACAACGUGACAUCUUGAGAUGUCGGUGUUGUUUAAUUCUUACAGGGAUUUAAUUGUCUUCUAUUUUUAAGAAUUGGAUAUUUUCAAUAUUGUCUCAUUCGAAGCCAAAAAGCCCAACAUUUUUGCUAUUUAUUCAGUCAGCUUAUGUGUUCAUAUACCUCCUUUCUCUCUCCUUUUCUGCCUUUUGUAAAUACAGUGUUUUCGCAACGACAGAUACUACUUAUUUUUUACUGUCGUGAAAGAAUUGAGCACAUCGUCUGGUCGUUUCUGGUUUGAUGUUUUAUGUUUCUUUUGCCUUCUCCAGGGAAAAUACUGAAAGGCUAAAGCAAUGUCACCUUGUAACGUCACAUUUUCAUUAUAAAUGACUUGUCUGUAAUAAGCUUUCACGUAUAAGAGGUAUUCAUGCUAUAUAUCCCGAGAUUUUCCCUUUGUUCCAGUCCACCUUAUUUGUGACCCUGGACCACAAAACCAGUCUUAAGUAGCACAAGUAUAUUUGUAGCAAUAGCCAAAAACACAAUGUAUGGGUCAAAAUUAUCAAUUUUUCUUUUAUGCCGAAAAUCAUUAGGAUAUUAACCAAGGGUCAUGUUCCGUGAAAAUAUUUUGUAAAUUUCCUACCGUAAAUGUAUCAAAACGUAAUUUUUGAUUAGUAAUAUGCAUUGCCAAGAACUUCAUUUGGACAACUUUAAAAGCGAUUUUUUUCAAUCUUUUUUUUUUUUUCCACCCUCAGAUUCCAGAUAUUCAAAUAGUUGUAUCUGCGCCAAAUUUUGUUCUCUCCUAACAAACCAUACAUCAAUGAAAAAUGUAUUUAUUCAGCUUUCAGAUGAUGCAUAAAUCGCAAUUUCGAAAAAGUGACACUCAUGACUGGUUUUGUGGUCCAGGGUCACAUUUGUUAACGCGAAAGUAAGCCUGUGGGUGAGACUUCCGGAAAUGACUAGAAUAACAACAACGCGCGGUAAACGGUAAAACUGUUUGCACUACAAAACCAGUGUGUUCACAAUUAAGACAAUACAUAAAAAUAACAUAGUAAGACGCAUAAAUUUGCAUUAUCAAGCAGCAAAAGGAGUUGUUUUGUACAACUAGCUGGACGCGAACGAGACCGGAAGCCUGACCCAUACAACUUACAAAUAGUCGCGCCCGGUUUUAAGGCAAAAAUAAGGUGGAUAGGUCUGUCCUGUCUGGCUUCUUUAUCAUUUUAUUGUUUAAUACGAUAGCCUUGGCUGUCUUGGAUUGUACAAAUUACAUUGACGCACACAUACUUCUGUCAAAUUCCACGGGGUGGCCCUAGAGAGCUGAUUUGUUUCACACAAAACACUCCAUUGCACAUGAAUUUUAAUCCUUCUCUUUCUGGGCAGUUUAUUUAAUAUGUGCUCAGUUUUGAAAUGGGUAUUUUGAUGGUGGCAGCUUGUGGCUUUAGUGUGAAUAUGCCAUAUCACAGAAUGACAUGAACAAUGACUGUAUUCGUGGUAACAUCCGUUCAGGUGAAGCACCUACAUGGGGAUUGCUAUCGUGUCAUCUCUAUGACGGCGUUAUUUGUAAAUAUAAGAUGUGUAAGACUGAACAAUGGUUAUUAUGAAUACUCUUUUGUCUUAUUUAUUUCAUAUUUAUUUGUCUUGUGGUCUUUUCAUCCGAUUUUGGCAUAGGACUGACCUGUCCUAACAACACUGCAAUAUGGACUGAAAAUGCUUUUACACAUCAUCACAUGACUCACUAAACGUUACGGAGAACUUCAGGACUGGACAGCUGUAAAAACGGACUUUUUUGGUGUAUGCUAAGUACUAUUUGAUUAUUUUUAUACUUCUGUUUGAGGGUUUCUAAUGCCCACAUACCUUUCCUUAGACUAGUCCUUUAGUUGUAGUGCUACAGGCAUGUAUGGUAGCUAUGCACUUUGUAUUCACAUUACUAGAGAUAUAUGAAGCAGGUUUUGUAUUUUUUUACAUAUUGUACUUUUUACUUGUUCCUCAAUAAAUGUAACUUGUGAUGGUUA